AUGGACGGAGCCGGGCUGGGCGUCACCGCCUGCGCCGCGGCCGCGGGGCUGCUGCUCUACCGCAUCGCGCGGAGGAAGAAGCCCACACAUGUGACAGUGAACUGCUGGUUCUGCAACCAGGACACGGUGGUGCCCUACGGGAACCGCAACUGCUGGGACUGCCCCAACUGCGAGCAGUACAACGGCUUCCAGGAGAAUGGAGACUACAACAAGCCUAUCCCUGCCCAGUACAUGGAACACCUUAACCACGUUGUGUCAGGCAGUCCAACUUUCUGUGACCCUGCCAAGCCACAGCAAUGGGUGAGCAGCCAAAUUCUGCUCUGCAAGAAAUGCAAUAACCAUCAAACCAUGAAAAUCAAGCAGCUGGCUUCAUUCUCACCAAGGGAGGAGGGCAGGUACGAUGAGGAGAUCGAGGUGUACAGACACCACCUGGAGCAGACCUACAAGCUGUGCCGCCCGUGCCAGGCUGCCGUGGACUAUUACAUCAAACACCAGAACCGGCAGCUGCGCGCGCUGCUGCUCAGCCACCACUUCAGGCGCCGCGACACCGACAAGAGCUACAGCCAGAGUUUGUGUUCAUCCUCCUCUUCCACUUCCAUCACCACGCCAGCUCAGGUGAUUCUUCUGCGGUUCCUGGCCUUCCUCAGCUGUGCAUUCCUGGUUCUGAUGGCCUUGUACGGGUCAGGAGACCCCUUCUCCCUCAGCAGAGCUGUCCCUGCUCCUGUCCCUGCUCCUGUCCCCUCUGGGCCCGUGUGGAACAGGACAGGAGCCAGCCCCGGUGCUGGCGGGGGCAGUGCCAGGGACAGGGGCAGUGACAAGGACAGUGGUGGUGGCAGCUCGGGACGGGGCUGGCAGGAGCUGCUCCUCCUUCUCCCAGAGCACCUCCUGAAGAACCUGAGCUCGGCGUGGGCCUAUGGCAAGAAUCAUCAGAUGGCAGUGGCCGUGCUGGGGCUCUUCACCUGCCUGCUGGCCAUGCUCCUGGCUGGGCGCAUCAGGCUCCGGCGGAUCGACGCCUUUGCCUCGCUGCUGUGGUUGCUGGUGAUGUCGCUGCACGUGGCCGAGCGGUACCUGCAGGCAGACACGCCCAGCUGGCUGGACACGGCCAAGUUUGGCACCACGUCCCUGUGCUGCCUGGUCGGCUUCACCGCAGCCGUGGCCACGCGGAAGGCGACGGGCCCGCGGAGACCCCGGCCCCGAAGGUACCUCUCUGGGGACUCCAUCACCGUCUUUCCCAGCAGCCCUGGCACAGCCUUCCCUUCACCUGCCACGUCUCUGUUUGUCCCAACACCACCCAGCAUCCUCCACCUGACAAACCAGCAGCUCUUCAGGUCCCCACGCAGAACUUCCUCAUCCUCCCUCCCCGGCCGUCUCAACAGGGCUCUCUCCCUGGGCACCAUCCCCUCGCUGGCACGGGCAGAUUCUGGCUACUUGUUCAGUGGAAGUCGACCGGCCUCGCAGUCAUCCCAGUCCAAGGAGUCCCCUCCAUCAGAUCCCUUCUCGCUGCUGGCCGGCAGCCGUGCCCCGUCCCGGAUCCCAUCCCCGGCUCCGUCCGUGGCCGGCUCGGUCACGUCCAGCUCGGGCUCGCUGCGCCUCCGCCGCCCGCUCAUCAGCCCCGCUCGCCUCAACCUGCAGGGCCAGAAGCUGCUGCUGUUCCCGGCACAGAGCGAGGCCCUGCUCACCCCGAGCGGCUCCGAGGAGCACACCCACCCCGACAGCCACGCCUUUGCCCCCGAGCUGCCCGGCUUUCCCCGGAAAAGCCUCCUGGAGCGGGGAGUGCCAGAUAUGAAAUCUGCUGUGGAAGGGGGGAGCAUUUGCAGUGAUAAUUCCAUCAAAAAGGAGGAUCACUCAUCACACUCAUCUACCUGUGUGGUAGACACAACCACCAAAGGGGAAGAUUUGGCAGGCUGGAGAGGUCGCUGUGGUACCUCUGCUCUCCGGGGCCUGCUCGCCAUCAGCCUGACUCUCAAUGCUGUCUUCACAUCAGCCUAUGUGUACAGGAGCCUGCGCUGAUCUGUGCCAGCAUUUCCCUUCUCCUGCUCCCACCUGGUCCUGAGGAGGCAGGAAGAACCCAACCGUGGCUUCAUGGCCAAUGGCCACGCCACCGGUGCAUGCUGUUUUCUGAAAAACUACUGUACCCUCAACUGGCAUGAAAAGGAACCUGGGCAGCUGGUGCCAUCACUUCCGGGCAGAACAUAUCCCAGGAUUGUCCCUGGAGAUGGCAGGCAGAAUUCCCAGCUCCAGUUCAAAGCAGGAGGCCAGUCCAAUGGCCCACAGACUUUCUUUCAAAAGAACUGACCUGAGACACAAGCCUGAAAAUGUGUGAGCUGCAUUUUUAGGAACCUACCCCCAGCUCUUCUUUCUGACAUAUUGACCUCGUGCUGAUGGUGCUGGUAAAAUGGGGAGAAUUAGAACUGAGCUGAAGAAGAGGGAUGGCUCAGUAGCUGGUGCUGGGCUUUGGCUACUGUCACAGCAUCCCCAGCCUCUGCUCAGUGGUUCCUCUUCUCUCUUGUCUUUGGCGUUCUCCUCUAAAUUGUCAGUGAACUCUCUUUAGUUGCCUUAAGCUUGCCUAAGCACAUGGGUGACCUUGGCUGCUCUGUCAUGUUCCUGUAUCUUAGAUGUCCUUGUGCUUCCAGCUGGACCUGGCCCUGAGGCUUUCACCAGUUCCAUUCUGGCCGUGCUGGUUCUCAGCCCCCUGUGUGUGCCUGUGCCCAGCCAGCUCUGAGGCUGCAGGGCUGCACAGCCCCACACAGACACCCUGUGCUGGCUGCAGCAGAACCUGGAAUCCCAUGCUUUGCUUUGCCCAGGAGGCAUUGACUGAAGUGGGUACAAAGAAAGGAUCCUGGUGUGAUUUGCACCGUAGUCAAAGGGCUUCAGCUCCCAGCUCUGCUGGAGUUCUCACUGAAGCAGUGAGUGCCAGAGCCUGUUCUUGCUGUAAAUCGCACAAAUCUGAUUGUCAGAGGUAGGUGAGGAGCUGUCUGAUUGUAUACAUCUAUCUGACACCUCAGCCUCAUGUUGGGAUUUGCUAAGUAACUGUUUAAGAUAUUUCUUAUUUAGUAAAAUGCCCAGGUGCUCUUAGUGAGAAAUGCCAAACCUGCUUCUGGACAAUUCAGCCUUCUGGAUAGAUUCUUUCCUAGCCCAAGGAAAGUAGUAGAUUUCCGAAAGUAGUAGAUUUCCAAAAGCAGUUUGUAAUUUGGAUAUUUCUGCUUUUGGUGAGUCUUCAGCAUUGCUUAGAAUUCAGGGGCCAUUUAGAGUACUGUGCUGAACAUUCAGAAAAAUUUAGUGCAACUUAGGG